AUGGCCACAUUUAACCGCCCGUGUCAUGACAUUUUCAUAGAAACCGGCGACCAAUUACGGUUUAUCGCUGCUGUUCCACAGUCAAAGCUUGCUUCUGAAGCGAAUAUAACACUGGACCAGGAGCAGGAUAUAUGCGCAUGGCUGAUCUCGCCAUCAGGAAGUGCAGAAUACUCUGUUUCGACGUAUUAUCUUGCUCCUGAUAAAAGUUUUGCGGAAAUAUAUCCUGUAAACAAUAUAUCAGGGUUCUCCAUGGUGUUGAAAUACGCAGGAUCGGCUCUCCAUGAGUCAAUUGUAACAGGAAAGUCGAUUAUGUUGUAUUAUCAUAACGAACUUGAGACAUAUAGCGAUGAAUACAUCAAAGUUCAGUCUAAGAACAUCCAGCAUAUUACGAACGUCAGUUACUCAUCACUUGCAUUCAAGAGAAACAAUACAAUCAGAUAUAUUGUUCCUUCUUCAAUGGGAACAACAAAUUCUGUAUUUGAUGAAUCGAAUUCCAUGUCAAAGAAGAAGAUCGUCAUCAUGGUUUCGGUUCUAGGCUCAAUUGCAGGUGUUUGGGUGAUAAUUGGCGUAAUUUACUGGAUUACCAACAAGAGGAGGAAGCAGCGGAUGAACGAAUCCACUGCAAACCCUGUCUAUCCAAGGUACAGAGCAGAUUCAGUUCCACAGAACCAUUUGGAAGAAAUAGAGUUCUCUACUUCCACUUCUACGAAUCCUGCACCUGUUCCAACUGCAGAACCAUACGCAAUGGAGAGUUCUGAUGACCAAAACAACCCUUAUCUCGAUGCUGAUUUGUAA